AUGGCCCCAUCUAGGAAGCGGGUCGAUGGGUCAGACCAGCCUUUGACACGCACGAAGAAACAGAAAUCUGGACAGCAGUUAGCUCUAACGUCGUUCUUCACUAGUCCUUCAUCCGUGUCAAAACCGACGUUUGUAGCAGGAGAGCCAACCUCUCCGACGCCAAGCGUAGCCAAAGCCAAGCAGAAGCAAGAGCACAUCGUUGUGCACAUUGACGGCAAACCGGAUGAGGUAGGAUCGAACGAGGCAGUCGCGUCCCAGGAGGAAAAGGAUGCUGCUUUUGCGAUACAGCUGGCUGCUCAAGAGGCAGGAGUCUCGACUGCUGAGUAUCGAUUGUGCAUCAAGGGCGAUGAGGAUCUGGCAAGACGUCUACACGAGCAGUGGUCCGGACAAGAUGAGGAAAAUAUCAAGGAUCGCGAGAGCAGCACAAAAGCUGAUACAUCGUCUCCGCUUCAAGGGCAUGCAACACCCACAGCCCCCGCUUCUCCUGGCAAGAAACCAGGUGCAACACAAAAGCCCGUCGAUCUGGCGGCACUGGAUGCAUCCAUACAGGCAAUCCGUUUGGGUGACGAUAUCUUUGUUUUUGAUCCUUGGACUAUCGAUACCUCUUCAUGGCCUGUGACUAGCAACAAGCACGGUGUUCUUGCGCCCACUACUCCGUAUGCGCUCUUGACGCACGCAUUUGUGCUUAUCACGGCGACGCGAUCCCGACUAGCGAUCACCAGCGUGCUCACCAAUCUGCUUCGCACGGUGCGUGCUCAUGAUCCGGAAUCGCUACUUGCCACCGUCUAUCUUGUUAGCAACCAUAUUGCGCCGCCCUAUGACGGCGUUGAGCUCGGGCUGGGUGGAUCGAUCAUCAACAAGGCUAUCAAGUCGGUUACGGGCAAAUCGGCAAGAUUCAUGAAGCAGGUGUGGGACAGGACCGGCGAUCCUGGCGAUGUCGCGUACGAGGCCAAGAAGGAUGUCAAGGCGCUUGUUCGUCCAGCUCCUAUUACAGUGCAGCGUCUGUUUUCGAAUUUGCAUAGCAUCGCGCGGCUGAGUGGGGCGGGAAGUGCGAACCAGAAGCUGGGAUAUGUAACCAAGCUGCUUGUUGCGAGCCGUGGUGAAGAGACGCGCUUCCUGGUGCGAACGUUUAUUAGUCAUUUACGUAUCCAAGCGGUACGAACGACGAUAGCGACUGCACUGGCACGCACGUUUGCGCUCGUUGAAGAGAGAGCGACGCUGGUCGAACCUAGCAAUGCAAAAGAAAAGGAGAGAGCAUCGCUGCUUCUGGUACAUCCGAACGAGCGCCGAGGCUUGCUGGCAAACGCUGUCAAGCCCAAAGAGCGCCAAGAUGCACAGCGUCUUGCGCUGAUGGAGCGCCUAACACGUGCCGAAAAGCUGGUCCGUGAGGUGCGCGCGCGACACCCCAACUUUGGCGUGAUCGUUCCAUCGCUACUUGAACACGGGCUAGCAGGCUUGUCGGAGCAUGUUCCACUUCGCAUCGGGACACCCAUAUCACCGAUGUUGGGGUCUAUCACGCGAUCGCUGGGCGCAAUGCACGAAAAGCUCGGACCAAGAGCCUUCGUGUCCGAGUUCAAGUACGACGGGCAGAGAUGUCAGAUUCACGCGAUCUAUGUACCGCGAAGUGCUGGACUGGAAGCGCGCAAAAGCAUCAAGGAUGGUGAUGCAACCAAAUGUGGAAAAUGGGUGGGGAAGAACGGCGAGAUAUACGUGAGGCUGUUCUCGAGGCACCUGGAAGAGAUGACGGAAAAGUAUCCGGACAUCACAGAUAUGGUACCCAUCUUGAUGGGUCAGGAGAGCGAGUCGGAUGCUAACAUCGGUGGGAGCGCUUUCAUAGACACGUCCAGCUGUCCAAGCAAGCAGCGACUACAAGACGCAACGGAAGCAGAAGUGGGUGUCAAGGCACAACAGGCGGGCGCGCAGAAAGCGCAAGGCAGAGGACAGGCCAUCACUUCGUUCAUCAUGGACGCCGAGGUGGUGGCGAUGGAUUUGGAGGGGCGCUUGCUGCCUUUCCAGACGCUGGCGAAUCGCAGUCGAAAGGAUGUGAAUUUGCACGAUAUCAAGGUGAAAGUGGGCGUGUUUGCAUUUGACCUGAUGUAUCUGGACGGCGAGUCGUUGCUCAAGUCUUCCUUUCGAACUCGACGCAGACUGUUGCAUAGCCGGUUUCUUGCUCUGUUUGCGCAGAGCGCGCUGAUCGCGCGUUUCGCGCACGUACGCUCGUGCGAGAGUACAGACGCGGACGAGGUGGCGCGCUUCUUUGCGCAGGCACAAGAGUACAAGUGUGAAGGGAUCAUGGUCAAGUCACUGGAUCACCACUGGGAAGCUCCUCCGACUAGAACGGAGGCAAGCGACGACGACGUUGGCAAUCCGUCGGGUCGGCUGCAAAAGCUGGCCGAUGUGGUAGAGGAUGACCUGGCGAUGGACAACGAAGACGAAGCGAUACAGACGCUAAGGGAUGGCGACGAUGACAAGCAUAGCGGAGGGAAUGCAGCGGAAUCGAUGAUGGCACGAACCGAGUUGGGAAAGGGCGUCAACGGACGAGGCAAGGCGCUGUUGUCGACGUACGAGCCGGACAAGCGAUGCGAGUCGUGGCUCAAGGUCAAGAAGGACUACGUGGACGGGCUGGGUGACUCGCUAGACUUGGUACCGAUUGGUGCGUGGCACGGCAUGGGACGCAAAGCGACGUGGUGGUCGCCGAUGCUGCUUGCUCUGUACGAUCCGAGCAGAGGAGUGCUACAGGCGGUGUGCAAGUGCAUUUCGGGAUUCACCGAUGCGUUUUACAAGGAGCUCAAUGUGCGGUACGCGGAAGGCAGCGAGACAUGUGUAAGAGCAGAGUACGGAAAAGGCUCACCGUUUGGAAUCGAGCUCGAGACAGGCUCGCUUUGGCCAGACGUGUGGUGGAAGCCGAGCGAGGUGUGGGAGAUUCGAGGAGCCGACGUGACGAUCAGUCCAAACUACACUGCGGCGUUGGGGCUGGUGAGCGAAGAACGAGGCCUGUCGAUCCGGUUUCCACGAUUCAUUCAGCGCCGAGAGGACAAGACAAUCGAGCAAGCUAGCACACCUGCCAGCUUAGCCAAGAUCUACUUUGAACAGCAAAACGCAGCGCCCGCAGCUGCGCAGCACGGAGAGAAGGCAGAGCAAGACGCUGCGAGUGACGACGAAGGCGGACAGCUUGCCACUGCUGCGGACGACGGAUUCGAGUUCUGA